AUGGCUGAUAGAAGACCCUUAAGAGGCCCUGGAAUUAAUACAUUCCAAAUAGAUGCUGCUAGGAAAGUCCAUGCAAGAACGGUACAAGCCAGAAUCCCUCAGGCUGCAGCUAGUGCUGCAUCUGAAAGGUUCAUAUCACCUUCACCGCCAACUACAAGUGCAGUGAGAAGACUAGUUCCAAGACAUGUUUGUAAUAGUCCCAAUAAUCCACCAUGUGCUAGUUGUGGUACCAUGAUUGUUCCAUCUCCAGCUGCUACUUUGCCCUUGCAGGAUUGUCCAUCGAUGACUAUUAACAAUUGGACAAUAUCGACAAGAAAGAAACCUAUAUUAAAUUCACAGGAGUUGGAAGAUUGGGAAAAUAAUAAGUUAAAGGGGUUGACGUUGCCGGAAAUGAUCUUUGGUAAUAGUUAUGUGCGAAUUGAAAAUACUUUACACGGCUGGACUUUAGAAUUCAACGCACUUGAUGCUCUUAAGCAGGUGAAAUUAGCCGAUUGCGGUAUAAGAGUUUCAUAUUCUAAGAAAUGGAUGGAUUCCAAGCAACAAAAGCAAGCACAACGAUCUUCCUCACCUACAGAAUUUGAAGUCGAUGAUUCUUCGUUAAAAAUCGCACACCAUUAUGAUUGGACCUAUACAACGAGAUAUAGGGGAACAGAGGAGAGUAAGGAUCAACGUUACAAAUUCACAAGAGAUGAUACACAGCAGUUACCAUUAGAUAAACUGUCUCGGCCAGAUCACAUUUUAUUCUAUGAUGAUAUGAUCUUGUUCGAAGAUGAACUUGCAGAUAAUGGUAUCUCGAUAUUAAAUGUGAAAAUACGUGUGAUGGACGAGCGCUUACUGCUUCUGAAUCGUUUCUUUCUGAGAGUUGACGAUGUGCUGCUACGAGUAAUAGACACUAGAGUCUGCGUCGAAUUUGAUGAAAAUAAAGUAAUGAGAGAGUACAAAGAGAUGGAGGGAGACUACAAGAGUCUGCUUGCGAACCAUCGAAUAUCGCAUUCACAUGAUCCAAAGGCUGCUUUAAGAGAUAGCAAUUGGGUUGCACAACACGCUCCGGUGGUCUCGAGGGAAUAUGAAACGCUGAACUUUGAUUAA